GGGAGUUGUUUUACUAUGCAGUGCUUCCAUUAUUGCAGGUGUUGUUGACUUUUGGCUGUUGUGCGAUGGAUUCGACUGAUCCGAUAUAUUCUCCUUUCUUCGGUGUGAUUGGCGCAGUUUCUGCAGUGGUAUUUUGUUGCUUGGGCGCUGCUUAUGGGACUGCCAAGUCCGGAGCAGGCAUCUGCUCAAUGGGAGUGAUGAGACCUGAAUUAAUCAUAAAGUCAAUUAUUCCGGUUGUUAUGGCUGGUAUAAUAGCAAUUUAUGGUCUCGUCGUAGCGGUUCUUAUAGUUCAACGUGGUCAGGAUUUGAAGAAACUUGACGUGUCUCUUAAUCAGCUCGGUGCUGGCCUGAGUGUAGGACUUAGUGGUCUUGGUGCAGGUUUUGCCAUUGGGAUAGUUGGCGAUGCUGGUGUACGUGGCACAGCUCAACAGUCUAGGUUAUUCGUAGGAAUGGUGCUAAUCCUAAUUUUCGCAGAAGUCCUUGGUCUUUACGGAUUAAUUGUCGCUCUUAUUUUGUCCACAAAGUGAACUCUUACUUCAACUACCCUACUUACCCUGCUGUCUCAUACUAAUCAACUAUGUCAAAAACAUCUAUUCUUUUGACAUACUUAUCAAUAUAACAUUAAUUUUAUGUCGUCUGUGAAACUAAUCAAUUGACCUCGCUGAGAAAUACACUCAGUGGUGAUAUUCAUUUAUCCUUUUACUUAACCAAUCAGUCCAUUCCAAAUCAUGUACGUCCAGCUGAAAUCAGUUUUCCUCAUAUAUUGGACGUGGUUAGUACAUUUUGAUUUUCAUCUUUUUGUAAGUGAUAUAAAACUGCAAAUCAGUAAUCUGUUCGUGUCAAAUGUUUUAUCUGCGACAUUUGAAUGCACAUUCUAUUUUCAGUUAGCCUAAUUUAUUGCUGGACACAUGCAUAAUACUUUUUCUUUGUGGUUAUUGUCUUUUUGUAUGUUAAGUCGAUCCAGUUGUACUAAAUAUAGAGUUUUCCUAUCA